CCUUGGAGUUUGGAGCCAAAGCCCACCCUUUUGAAAAUAACCUCUCUUUCCUCGCGCCGUCUCUCUCCUUCUCCCUCUCUCUCUCUCUCUCUCUCUCUCUGGUUCCGUCGUGCGGACUCGCUGCUGUCGUUUAAGGGUUACAGUAUACAUACUUUUUGCUUGCACGGAGGAUCUUCUCAGUUUUAUUCGAUCUUGUGCUUUACCUGUGCUUGAAGUCCUUUGAAAUUUUCUCUGGGUUGAGUGACUUAUAUUGAUCCAUAAUGAUUAACUCUGAAGUAAAAAGCAAUGUGCAGUGCAACAGUGGCACUGGCACGCCAUCUGAACGGAAGCAUUCACCUCUAGUAAGAAAGAUAGCACUGAGAGAUGUCCAGAAUGAUAAUAGAAGCUUGAUUCAUAACCACCCAGAAAUUUCCUCCUUUCCGGAGGGAAGACCUAUCACAGGUGCAAUCAAUAUUUCUGGAACUAAGGGACUGACUCCUGAAAAGGCCCCUCUUUACCCUUCCUUAUGCGAAAAUGGUGUAAAUGAUCAUCUCUUUGACACACGAAGAAAGUUUGAAUCAGGACCAGGGAAAGGAAGAAUUCACGAUGCUACAGCUGAUUGCCUUCAACGAACUAUAACUAUAAAGCAGCAGGUAUUACUGCGACAACAUACUCAGAUGGGGGAAAGCAAUUUUUCUGGUGCUCCUAUAGUUGGACCAAAUCAUAUUGCUUCAAUGACAACCUUUCCACAUGGUGUACCUUCAGUACCCAUUUCCCUUGGGAAGCAUGAAAAUGGGCUCCCUUUUGCUGAAUCUGAUUACCUAAAGGUCAAAAUAGAGGUCUGUCAAUCAAUUGACUCUAAGGCAACUGAUGAUCCAAGGAUUGAACGGUUUCUUCAUUUGCAGAAGUUCCUAAAGCAGUGCGAUGAAUCCUAUAACAGGGACUAUAUCCAUUUGCUCCUAAAUAUGUCGACGGCUGAACGUAGCAGACAUGCAGUUGAGUUAGAGAAAAGAGCAAUCCAGCUAACGGUAGAAGAAGUUAAUUUGCAGGGAAACAAAUGAACCGGAUGAAGGCUCACAAUAUCUUGGGGAAAUCUGGCCCAACUAACAACCUGCUGCUGACAACUCAACCACUGAAUCUGAGACAUGAAAAUUGAUCAUGCUAUAAGCUUCGCUUUACCUACUUCCCAAGGACAUGGUUUUGUUUUGUGCUGUUUACUUAUUGGGACAUCGGUCAGUACCACUCACUCGGCCAUGUGACUACUGCUUCUGUAGGCUUUGGCUUUUGUCUCAAUCCAGUAACAUUCAUUCCACGCAUUUAAUUCGUUGUUAGAUACUGGUGAUUUGCAUAAUCUUGUCAGCCACUCAGCCCCUAUAGGCUCCUCUCCAGGUAGAAAUUUGCUGCUAAAUUCUUCUUUAAUGAUCAUUAUUGGUCUUCCUUUCAAAUGCAGUGUGUUUCUCGUGAGUUAUUUGAAGUAAAGUUGUAACACAACUCAUCUAUUGUGUUGUUCCAGCUAUGGUCAGAAUGUUGCAUGUUUUCAACAAAAUUUGUAUA